UGGUUUAAUUGAAAUGUCAUUUUUCACAUCAUUUCUCUUCCUUCUUCUCUAAUCUUAAGAAAUUAAGAGUGAGAACAAGACAUUGAGAAAGAGGAAAAUUUUGUGGAUCGAAUGAAAAAGGUUGGUUUCAGCAUAGUAGGAAAGAUGGCAGAAUGGAUGUUUGAGCCAAUACAACGUGAACUUGGCUAUCUCUUGUGCUUCAACAGUAACAUUCAAGAGCUCCAAACUCGACUAGGCGAACUAAAAGCAACCAGAAAUGAUGUACAAAGAAUGGAAGAUGCAGAAAAGAAGAUGGGGAAAACACUGGGUGAUCGUGUCCAGUUGUGGAUUGAGAAGGCAGAUGGAAAAAUUGUAGAAGCAGAGAGUGUUCUCAAUGAUAAGGCAGAGCUUCAAAAAGGGUGUUUCUCCAUCAAAUGGUGCCCCAAUCUAAUUUUGCGCUUUUCUUUGGGAAGGAAGGGGAAGAAAUCAUCUUUGGUUCUCAUCGAGCUUCUUCAAUCCGGUGGUCAGUUGCCGCAUACAGGUCACGCCUUACCCAUGCCGUCCAUAAAUAUGCGUGAUUACAACGGGGAUGCAUGUGAUUUUGAGAGUCGAAGUAAGAUUAUGAAAGACGUCAUUAAGAUGUUACGGAAAGAAGAGACAAUGUUAAUUGGUAUAUGCGGGAUGGGAGGCAUUGGAAAAACCACAUUUGCUAAGCAAGUCCUUCAAGAGGUAAAAGACUCUUAUAAACAUUUAUUUGACAUUCAAGUUAUUACUACUGUCUCUAGUAGUCCCAAUUUCAAUAAUAUCCAACAAGAAAUUGUAGAGAUGUUAGGGUCUUUUUCGCUUAAGGGCAUAGAUGGUAAAAUUGCAAGAGCAAACUAUUUACGAAACGCUUUUCGUAACAAAAAAGUUGUUGUUGUGUUGGAUGAUGUUUGGAAAAAGUUUGAUUUAAAUGCUUUUGGUUUUCCAUUAACAAAUUCAGAUGUUGGGUGUUGCUGUAAAAUUAUUUACACAUCUAGAAUCCAAGGUUUAUGGCCAGGUGAAAGGUCCAUUACCAAGAAGGAAAUCUCAAUUCAACUAUUGUCAAGUCAAGAAAGUUUGAAUUUGUUUAAAAGAAAAGUCAAUCUUCCUGAUAAUGAUGUCGAUUUCCAUUGGAAGAAUAGAAUAGCAAUGCAAAUUGUUGAAGAAUGUGGAGGAUUGCCCCUCGCGCUUGAGGUUCUAGGAAGCGCUCUUACCGAAAAACACAUAUACGAGUGGAAUAAUUUGUUUUCUCAAUUGAGGAAUCAUGGUCAAGAUCCACAUAUGGAGGAGAUAAACAAGGCCUUGAAAACGAGUUAUAACUUCUUAGAAGAUUCCAAUGCUAAAUUAUUGUUCUUGCUCUGCUGUUUAUUCCGAGAAGACCAGAGGAUUCCUAUUGAAACCUUGUAUCGAUAUGUGGUGGGUUUGCAGCUCUUCACAAAUAUAAAUGUGGACAACCUAAAACGUACAAGGGAUUAUGUUUACACCUUAGUGGACAACCUAAUAAGGAGAAAUUUGUUAAUAAAAGUUGAAGCUCGGUAUGGAGAACCUGCAGUGAAAAUGCACGAUUUGUUGAGAGAAGUGGGAAUUUCAAUUGCAAAACAAGAAAAUAACGGCAUUAAAUUUCUCGAGUGUGAUGGUGUGGACGAACUAGAAAAUGUCAUGAGUCCAGGCAUUAAGAUGAUUUCUAUAUUAUUCCAGAGGGAUCUAAAAGUCCCUGAGAAGUUGGAAUUUCGAGACUCAAAAUUGGAACUAUUACGGAUAGAUAGUUCAGGGAAUACAAUAUCAGGAAGCUUAUUUCAAGGGCAGGAUAAUCUCAAAGUUCUAGAUAUAGUAAACUUUGGAGGCAUGAUUAUUGAGUUUCCAUAUUUAGCUAAGUUGAAUAUGUUAUCCCUAGAGGGAUUGAGUUUUGAUAUGACAACUUCAUUUCUAAAUCAUAAGUGCUUGGAGAUCCUUAGCCUUCAAUGGUUAACCAUUCAAAUUUUGCCAAAGGAAAUAAGUGAGUUAACAAACCUAAAAUUAUUGGAUUUGACUGGGUGCGAGUGUUUCAUAAGAAAUGGUGUUCUUUCUAGGCUUACUAAUCUACAAGAAUUGUAUAUGUGGGAUAGUUUUCGGGAUUGGAGGUUACACAAAGUAGACGUAAAAGGUGGAGACAAUAUUGCAGCAAGUCUUGAUGAGUUAAAUUGCUUACCUAAAUUGUGGAGAUUGGAAUUAGAGAUACCCAACAUUGAACAAGUGCCAAAAGGUGUUACGUUAUUUUCUUCUUCAACGUUAUUAACACAAUUCAAGAUAAGAAUUGGAGGAGGAGAAUCUUUUAAAUUUGAAAGUGGGGAAAGACAAUUGUGGUUGGAGAAUGUUAAAGGCAAUACCAGUUUCGCCCAUGAACUUGAGGUCUUAAUAGAAAAAGACAUUACUAAUUUAUAUAUAUGCGCUGAUUCUGACAUGUUUGAGAAUAUGCAUCUAAACAAAUUCCUAUCAUUGAAGGAUAUUGUGCUUAAACAGUGUGGAUCUCUUUUUCCACAGUCAAUGUCAUCGUUUGUGACUUCUGAAUUACUUGGGCGCUAUUUGCGGCGUAUUGAACUAUAUGAAUGCAAUGAAAUGACACACCUUUGUUCUAUAUCAAUAUCAAGGAAUCUCACAAAUCUUCAAGUUCUUGUUCUCCAAGAAUGUGAAAUUGUGAAAGAAGUUGUUAGUUUUUAUUUUUACGAUAAGAUAGAACAACUUGAUAAAAUUGAGUUCAAUGCUUUGAAAACUCUCAAGCUUCGUGACUUGUCUUGGCUGAAAUGCUUCUGCAAAAAUGUAAACGAGAUUCAUUUCCAAAAUCUAAAAACAUUGGAGCUAAAAGGAUUGAAGCAAUUUAUGUUCCCGGCCAAGUUGGAAAUACCUUGUCUGGAGGAGCUAAGCAUUAUAUCUACUCCAAAUAUUGAAACUUUGUGCAUGCCACCAUCGCUACAAAAGUUGUAUAUUGAUAAUUGUGACAACUUCCAAUAUGUUGACUUCUCUCCUAACUUAGUGAUUUCUCAUCUUAAAAGUGUAAUUAUUAAAAGAUGUAAAAUGUUGAAAGGAGUAGUAGGAGUAACAACUGGUGCAGGAGAGCAACGGAGAAAAUCCAUUGAAUUCCCUAAUUUGUCAACAUUGGAACUUGAGUCCUUGGACAAACUCGCGAGUUUUGUCAUCGACGUCAACAAUUUGGAUGACAAAAUUGAAAAGUCUCCAAGUACACUAUUUUAUCACAAUGAUUAUCAGGUACCAAUGAAAAUAGACUGGUUUCCUUGCUUAGAUAUGUUGGUGAUAGAAAGAUUGCCAAAGAUAAAUUAUAUAAUAGGAAGGAAAGAGAGACUUGGACAUCAACCAAGCAUAUUAUUAUUCCCUAAUUUGAAGAAAUUGAGGCUUUCUUAUUUAGAUGAACUUAUAAGUUUUGUUGGAUUGAUGAACAAUAUGGACAACAAUUGCAAAAAUCAAAAUGCACUCUUUCAUCUUGAUGAUGAUGAGGUGAGUUUUGUCUCAUUUCCUUCCUUAGAAGAGUUGAGAAUUCAGGAAUUGUCAAAGAUAAAUUAUAUUUUAGGAAAGGGACAGGGACAUCAUCAUCAUCAUCCUGAUUAUAAUGAGAUAUUUCCUGUAUUAAAAUGUUUGAUCUUGGAUGGAUUAAGCAAUUUAAUACAUGUGUAUGAAAUCAACCAGCCAGGACUAGGAGAGCUUUUAUUUGAAAACUUGACAUGGAUGGAAGUUGGUGGAUGUGGAAAAUUGAGAUAUUUGUUUUCGGAGAAUAUAGGUAGAGUCGCUGUCGAGAACCUUCGGUGGCUACAUAUCAAUGAUUGUGGAAUGAUGGAAGUGGUGAUGAAGAAUGUUGAGGAUGAUGAUGAUGAUGAUAAAACUGAAAGAGGAAAUAGUCGUCAUUUGUUUCCACUCCUUAAGACAUUGACACUUUGCAAUCUAUCAGAUUUGAGGAGUUUUAGUGAUGUUGCUUAUACUUGGGUCUUGCCAUCACUCAGUAUUCUCAGGGUGUCAGGAUGUUCCAAGCUAGAGGCGCUCUCAGCUCCCGGCUAUUUGGAUUCUCCAAGGCUGGACAAGCUCUAUUAUGAUAAUGAUAGAGAAGAAGUAAAUGUAAAGAAUACUUGGAGAGGUGACGUUAACAGUGUUUGGCGUCAUAUCAAGAAAGUAGAGAGACUAGAGAACAUGAACGAAGAAGAUUGAGGAGGAAUUAAUGGGGGGG